AUGAGUUGUCUGACAAAGAAUUUCCCUCUCCAGCAAAAGCGCAAGCUGAGGAUAUACAUUUCCAACACAUUCACUCCAGGGAAACCUGACGGAGAUGAAGCCGAGAGAGUCAGUUCCUGGGAGCUGCGGGUUGAAGGAAAACUGCUGGAUGAUCCAAGUAAGCAGAAGAGGAAGUUCUCUUCAUUCUUUAAAAGCCUUGUUAUCGAGCUGGAAAAAGAUCUGUAUGGACCAGACAACCACCUGGUUGAGUGGCACAGAAUGGCAAGCACUCAGGAAACAGAUGGAUUCCAGGUGAAGAGACCUGGGGACGUGAAUGUGAAAUGCACCUUGCUUCUAAUGCUGGACCACCAACCUCCCCAGUAUAAAUUGGACACCCGCCUGGCUCGGCUCCUGGGUGUUCACACUCAGACCCGUGCCAACAUCAUGCAAGCUCUGUGGCUGUACAUCAAGAAUAACAAGCUUCAGGACAGCCAUGAGAAGGAGUACAUCAACUGUAACCGAUACUUCAGGCAGAUCUUUAACUGCAUCCGAAUGAGGUUCUCUGACAUCCCCAUGAAACUGGCAAGUCUCUUGCAGCACCCGGAUCCCAUAAUAAUUAACCACACCAUUAGUGUGGACCCUAACGAUCAGAAGAAGACAGCGUGUUAUGACAUUGAUGUUGAGGUGGAUGACCCUUUAAAGGCCCAAAUGAGCAACUUUCUUCAAUCAACUACUAACCAGCAGGAGAUCGCCAACCUGGAUGUUAAGAUUCAUGAGACGAUUGAAUCCAUCAACCAUCUGAAGACACAGAGGGAUUUCAUGUUAAGCUUUAGCAACAGCCCUCAGGAAUUUAUACAAGACUGGCUAAAAUCUCAAAGCAGGGAUCUCAAGAUUAUGACUGAUGUGAUGGGAAAUCCAGAGGAAGAGAGACAUUCAGAAUUCUACGAACAGCCAUGGGCUCAGGAGGCCGUGGGAAGAUAUGUUUUCUUCAAGGUUCAGCAGCGGAGACAAGAGCUUGAGCAAGUUCUAGGAAUACGUCUGACAUGA